AUGGCAAAGAAAGGAGGAGAAAACACCAAGAAGGCGGCCGGAAACGCCAAGAAGGCCGAGAACGCCAACAAGAAGAAACAGGCCCAAGAAAGCGCCUUAGAGGCCCAGGAAGCCGCUGCGUGGGAGGAUGGCGCCAAAAAGGGCAACAAGAAGAAGGACGACGCCCAGUUCAAGAAGGAGGAGGCAGCACGCAAAAAGGCCGAGAGAGACGCAUUGUUGCAGGCGGAGGAGAGUGCAUUGCCCUCCAAGCCAUUGAAGGCCAAGCAGAGGGGUGCUGAGAAGGUGGCCUCCAAGAGAGCGGGCAAAAUCGACGACUUCUUGGACUCCAACGGCGACAUCAGCGAGUUGAGUGCCAGUGGUAUCGACAAUGCGUUGGAGGCGUUGUCGUUGACUCAAAGAGACGGAGGUGUGCAGUCCAAGGACAUCGACAAGCACCCCGAGAGAAGAGUCAAGGCAGCGUUUGCCGCCUAUGAGGAGAGAAGAACUCCUGAGUUGAAGAAGGAGCACCCAGGGUUGCGGUCUCAGCAGAUCAAGAACUUGGUGUUCAAGGAGUUCCAGAAGUCACCGGAGAACCCCAUGAACCAAGACACCAACGUGCGCUACAACGCUUCGCGCGAAGAGGUGGACGCCAAAAAGAAGGAGGUCAGAGCGGCCAGAGAGGCCAGAUACAACUAG